UCGAUAGCCGUGUCCCUCUCCCGCAGGAAGUGGUGAGAGGACGGGCGGACAGGUAGAGCGGCGCCCCCUCGGCUGCUCGAUACUCUUGCUUUGCUGCUCUCGCUUGUUCGCUGCACGGAAAUGGCCGCGCUGCAGCUGGACUUCGGGCCGCUGAAGGAGCCGAUCGGUUUCAUCAAGCUCCUGGAGUGGAUAUUUGCAGUUUUUGGAUUCGCAACAUGUGGUGGGUUCACUGGCCAUACUGCAUUGAAAGUGAAAUGCAAAAAUGGCAGUGGUCCUAUGGAAUAUAAAGCAAACUUCCAAUAUCCAUUCAGGCUGAAUACUGUUAUUCUGCUACCCCAGAAGACAUGCAAUAGUACUGUAGCAACCCAUCUGGUAGGAGAUUUUUCAUCCUCUGCUGAAUUUUUUGUUGCCAUCGCUGUCUUAGCCUUCCUCUAUUGCAUGGCUGCUCUUCUUAUCUACAUUGGUUACCUCCAUGUGUAUCGUGAAGGCAAACGUGGUCCAAUAAUUGACUUCAUUGUAACAGUAAUUUUUGCCUUCUUGUGGUUGGUCAGCUCUUCAGCUUGGGGUAAAGGCCUCACUGAUCUCAAAUACAGUACAAAUCCAGAUGUCCUCAAGGACCAGCUUGAGCUCUGCAAGAGUGAGGCUGAGUGUACUCCUUCAACCGUGUCUGGCAUGGGAAGUUUGAAUGUGUCUGUGGUGUUUGGCUUUCUUAAUCUGAUUCUGUGGUGUGGAAAUGCCUGGUUUGUGUACAAGGAAACAAACUGGCAUGCCGAGCCAGCACAACAUCAGGAUCCAGGGAAUGUGGCACCACCAGCUCCAAGUUCGUAGAUGGCAAUUAAAAGAUUGUUGAGGAGUGUGUUUACAACCUCUACAAAUGAUUCGUUUUGCUUAUAACACUGCAGAAGCUUUUUGGGAAACUAUCUAUCAUACCUGUUGUAUUCACUGUUUGUGCUGUUGUAUCAUGUGCCUUUUUGGAGCUGGAUGAAGGAGAGAAGAGAAAAGGAACAUGUGUAGUCCCAUUUAAGUGUUGAGGUUUCCAGUGCAAGAAUAUUCAGAGGCAUUGUCAAUAAUACAUUUAGUGAUCUCUUACAUCACAAGUACAUAAUAUAGUGGAGCCCUUUCAGAAUAUCUAUUUUCUCCCUGGGUUGCUGUUCCCAGAAGAGUAUUUAUCAUGUACACAUACAAUUCAGUGAAUAUUUGCCAAAUACGCUGUUCUCCUAUUUGAACUUGAUGGCAAAUUUGAAAGAAGAUUUGUAUGUAUCAAACCAUUAUUGAAUUGAGAAAAUCUCUUUAUUAUGAUGUACAAUUUGAUUAUUAAGUACACAGUUGGAUUCACGUGGUCUGCACUGUACUGAAAGCAAUUUUUUUGCACAGGAGAUGUUGCUCUUUAAUGGGCUGUGCUAUGAAACAAUUUAAAACAUCACAUUAAAGAACACUUCCUUUA